CCGGCCGCGUUACCUUGAACACCGGGUUACAACGCACACCUUGCACAGUUACCCUCUGCUCUAGUUCCCGAGCGUUCCUCGGGGACAUCGCGCCGCUCGCGACUUCGCUUCUCGAUCAGACACGUUGCUGCGAACUGGAAAAGGAUCUUCCACUGAAACCGAAGAUCCGGCGGGACAGAAUUUUCCGGCUGGUUCUGGAAAAGCUCGUCGUCUCCGUCGUCUCCAGCAUUCGUUGACGUCAGCGUGAUUUGUUGUGACAGCAGUGGAGUUUAGGAAGGAUCUCGUGGCAGAUUCGGAGAUUAGGCCGCGGAGACGGAGUUGCUUCGGAACGUUGCUCUUGUUCGGGAACGGUUCUUAUGGGACAUUCACGAUCUUAUACGAGAUUCGUAGAUCGGACGGAAGACAGUUUUUCAUCCUAUGCUCUAGUCCUAGAGCGUUCCUCGGGGACACGGUGCGUUACCAUAGAUUUCUUCGCUCUUCAUCCUUCGUCCGGCAUCGAACGGGACACGACGAAUGUUACGUUCUCGUAUGUAGAUCUAAGAAAAAUCCUGUCGACACUCUGAAGACUAGAGAAUCGAAUCAGAUCGAAGUAUCUCCGAUCUAGUUUCAGAACGUCGGCUACUCUUCAUUCUUCGCUGCGAGGACGCCGUAACCAAACUCCGCGGUUUGUCAAUCAGGUGACGACGUUCUUCGGUGUACAUCUGGGGCAAGAUCUUGCGAAAAGUCCGAGGAUUCGAGGAUCGGAGAAGUAUAGAGGAUCUUUGCUGUACUAGUUCCAGUGUCGUCGAUCGGAGCAGAAACGUUCUUGACAGGACCCGAUAGAAAAUCGGAAGAUCAGAGGAUCGAAGUAGGAUAAAGGUUUCUCGCUGUGGUUCCAAAGUCGUUUCCUCCGUCAACGAUCGAAGGAGAACGUUCCCGACAGGAUCUGAUAGAAAGAUUCGGAAGAUUAGAAGAUCGACGAAGAAUCGGUGUUUCGUUGUGGUUCCGAAGUCGCUUCUUCUAUCGCCGCUCGAAGCAGAACGUUCUUGACAGUAUCCGAUAGAAAAUGCAAGAUUAGCGGAUCGAAGAAGGAUAACGAUCUCUGGUUGUGGUUCUUUGGAGUCGCUUCUUCUGUCAUCGAUCGGAGGAGUAGGUUCUCGACGGAAACGUCCUGACAGAAAAUUGGCGGAUCAGAGGAUCGAAGUAGCCGGAAAGAUCGGCGCGCCGAUGCUCCGGCGGGAGGAUCGGUGAUGACAAACGACGCGUCAAGUGUCGCGACAUCGGCAGAAGACGGAGAGACAGGAGUGCGGCAACCCCUAUACACCUGUCGCGGUGCAGAGACGUCGAAGAGCAGGGUAGGGUGACCGUGUCCGCGCCGGGCCCGGGGAAAUCGAUCAUGAAAUUUUAAUUAUAACAUCGAUAAUCUGACCGGUAGAUCGGAUGACACGCGUCGCCUUGGUGGUGCUCGGGGCUGGCCAAGGUCUGGGCAGGUGAAACGAUGCUGUUAGCCAUCGAUCGUCCCUGAACGGCCACGGAUUGGAUCGGAUCGGAUCGGAUCGGAUCGGAUAUAGAGGAGAGAGAUCGGAUCGCCGUGUUACCGGCCGGAGGCGGGAGAGCGCGAACCAGGCUAGCCGAAGCGGCGCGGUUUUUAAGGUGUCCGUUGACGCUCGUUAGCGACCGCCAGCUGUAACCGUUCCUCGGUUACGGGGUCUUUGGGAACGGGCCGCAUACAAAUUCCCGAACCGGGGAUAAAGCCCGUGGCGACUCGUUGUAUUGAAAAGCGCGAGACGCGACGCAAAGGCGACGCGACGAGAGGAGGCGAGCGUCGGGAGCGCGCGGCGUAGCGCGCGACGCACGCACGCGGACCAGCUACAUAUUCGAAAAAACUGACAAAAGGGAACAAUACAGCUCGGUGGAACAAUAAGAACCGGUAGCACUUGUCGAGGGGCGGAGGAGGGGUUGGUGGCAAGCAGGGAGGGGGCUAACACAGUGAAAAGGAAUUCCUCUUCGUUAAGUUAGCGAGGAGAGAAGCCUGCUGCUGCCGCUGUCGCUGCCGCUGCCGUUGCCGUUGCUGGUGCAAAUGGAAAAAAUCGAGAGGGCCGAACGCACCGGCAACGUUUACCUCUCGUGACUGCGUACCGCCGAUCGAUCACGCUCUCGCCCCGCGCGAAGAAGAUCCGGCGAGAUCUUGACGCCUCGAUCGCCGGCGCGGCGUUUCCGCGCGGUACCGGGCUGGCGGUAUCGCGAUGACGAGCCGAUCGAUAAAUCCUCGCCAGGGAAUCGUUAGCAACGGGACAAUAAGAAGACAGUAUCCUCGCGUGAGCAUCGAGCGCGAUCCCUCGUCGUAAUAAUACGUCGCGUGAGCCCGGCUAUCUCCGAUCGUCCAGGAAGCCACGUCGAUAAUCACCGCGUGUGCGCCUAGUUGUAUCGUUUUAAUUAGUGUUUAUUCGAUAACUCCCGGCCUUUCCACGGCAGCCCGGCGAUACCACCAUCCGACGUCCCCUUGCAUUCAUUAGGGGACCGUCCGACGACAUCCAAGACGUCUUCCGGAUCUCUUCCAGCGCCGUCGCGGAUCGCGAACUCUUGACACCGGCGGCAACACACCCUGCGGAGAGAUCUCAAGGAUUUCGGGCACGCGAGAGAGAGGAACGAAGCCAGAGAGAAAAAGAGAGAGAGAGAGAGAGGGAGGGAGAGAGAAAGGAAGAGGUGAGACGCUCUUAUAGACACAUCAAGUUUCCGCUUAGUCACCGUUAAAGGGAACGGCUCUCGAGUAUUUGGCGAUCGCAAACACUCGCCGGACCAGUUAAGCGCAGCAAACACACUCGACGGUUUUCUAAAUGUUGGCCUUGCAGUUUCGUUGUUUCGCGUGCACCCGCUCUUUUGUCCCGCCGCAUCCGCGGCCGUUUUAACGAGCCUGCUCGCGAAACCGAGGAUCGGUCCGCCGGGCCGAGGAUCCAGCAGUGUGUGAUUCACGUCUCUAAGACGAUCUCUCUCGCGCGCGGGCGCGCGCGCGCACGCGCGAACUCGAGGCACCGACCCGGUAGAAUCGAGGGAGCGAGAAUCGCCGUCGGCGAUCGGUUGAUUGACGUUUAAACGAUCGGGGAACAAGGAGGAAACAAUUGGCCGGCAGAUUUAUGGGGGGCAGAGGGAGGAGAUCCGGUUAGGAGGUCGAAUUUUUCGCGGUGGUUUAAAUCGAUGAAAACGGAACUGGGACCGAGAGACACCGUCGCGGCAACCUCGUGUGUGCGACAACGGCUGCCGGUGUGUGCUGCACAGUGAUGGGAGAAAUCGGUGCGACCACGGGAUAGCGUGCGACGACCCGUCAGAGGACCGUGAAACCUGUACCGUGCCACUGAAACGACGACGAGAACAUCCGACCUGCGUCCGGUCGGGCUGACUGCGGAACCGUGAAAACUCGUCGCGUGCACAUCCGUUUCAGGAAUUCUAGAAACAAGGGGAUUGUGAUGUAAGAGAUGCGUCGCGGUGACAUCGCGGCAACCGCGAUAGCCCUUCUGAUUCUUGGGCAGAUCCAGGGACCACGGCAGACGAGGGUGGUCGGAGCGGUGGUGGUCGGCGCGGCAGUUUGCGGCCGUAUUCCUGGCCUGGCGAAGAGUCAACGGGAGCAGUGCAGAAAAGCGCCGCACGCGAUGCCCGCGGUCGGCGAGGGCGCGGAGCUCGGCCUCCGCGAGUGCCGGCAUCAGUUCAGACAUCAUCGGUGGAACUGUUCCCACGUGGCCAACGAUCAGGUCUUCGGCCACGUGGUCGUAGUAGGAAGCAGGGAAGCAGCUUUCACGUACGCAAUAAGUUCAGCUGGUGUAACGUACGCUGUGACCGCAGCUUGCAGCAGGGGCAACAUCACGGCCUGCGGUUGCGAGCCUACCGUAAGGACGAGAAAGGAGCUGCCACCGAAUGGCCUGGAAUGGGGUGGAUGCAGCGCGGACGUCACCUACGGGAUGAGGUUCGCGCGUAGGUUUCUGGACGCGAGGGAAGUCGAGGGCGACGCGAGGAGCCUGAUGAACCUUCAUAAUAAUAAAGCUGGAAGGAAGAUAGUUAAAGCCCUCCUGCAAACGGAAUGCAAAUGCCAUGGCGUGUCCGGCUCCUGCACCGUGAGAACCUGCUGGCGAACAUUGCCUAGUUUUCGCCAGAUCGGCGACGCCCUCAUGAAAAAAUAUUACAGAGCCAGGCCCGUGGUAGCAAUUACCCCGCCGCCACCCCCGAUAAUGCAGGUAAUUUCGCGGAACUGGGUCGAAGCUUGUACAGCGGCGUCGCGCAAUCCAUCGGAUUACAAUGUUGCGAUUUCCGAUCGCUGCAUCGCCGAGCUUUUAACGCUACGCCAACUGAACAACAGUCGUCGCUGGUACUUUACUAGUCUAGACACGCUGCACUUGACGUCUGCGGAAAUGUCGCCGAUUCUGGGGAACGACGCGAAAACCCAAGGGAAACCGAACGACGUCGGCAAGUCCCGGCACGACCGGCAACCCCCGAAGAAAGCAAUUAAACCGAGACGGCCGCACCUGGUGUUGAAACGGACGAAAUCUAGCGGCGGAUCGGCCAUAGGACAGAAAAGAAUUCCAAAGAGAAGCGAGUUGGUUUUUCUGCAACCUUCCCCUAAUUACUGCGAGCCGGAUUUGGCUCAAGGCAGCCUGGGAACGCAGGGCAGAUAUUGCAAUCGGACCAGCAAAGGAACAGACGGAUGCGAUCUGAUGUGUUGCGGCCGCGGAUACAACACGCACCAGUUCACGCGAACGUGGCAGUGCAGAUGCAAGUUUCACUGGUGCUGCCGAGUGCAUUGCGAAACAUGCACCGAACGCACCGAGGAGUACACAUGCAAAUAAACAUUCCGACUCUGUAAUACGCUGAUAGGUUCGGCAUACAGCGAUGUAAAUAGACGCCGUGAAAUCGUUGAAUUCACGAAAGCCGAUUUUAGAUCGUUCGGCUGCGGACAAUUAAACGUUGGUAGAAAUCUCUGUAAAGUUAACGCGCAUGAUAGAUAAUAGCGAGCUAAUUCUAUGCUUAAUUGCGAUUCUCUGGCGAGCUUUGUAAAAUGAACUUCUCUUAUUUAACGUAACGAACGAUGCUCCUAGCACGUAAUUUUCUAGAAUGAUAGUCUGUGAACGUGUAUCUUUGUUGCUACGAUCCGUAAAUCGUACAUCGUCUCGAAAAAAUCUAAAAUUAACGACUGAAGAAGGAUCGCUUCAAAGAAGAAGUCGACAGAGCUUGAGUUACCAUGAUGGGAUUUCAGCGAGAUUUCGACAAUAAAUUAGAUUUCGGUGAAAGUAUUAUUAUAUUAACUAUACAGUACGUAUUUGUACCCCUUCUAAGUACCCCUCACUGUCUCGCUUCCUUUCUUCGGGUUUCCCGAGGAUAUCUGAUUCACCAUCCUCGUUCCUCCGAUCCUCAACCCUUCUGAAUGGUCCCCAUGCACGAAAAUACUCAAAGCGAAAGGUUGUUCUUGUAAUGUCGAGAUCGAGCAACAAUGACGAUUAAAAACUUAACUGUAACCUGUUAGCUCGACGAACGAUGAACGUACAAGAAACGUGUUCCACGCGCAUAGGCUAAUCAACGGCGUCGACAUAAUUAAUGAUAAACGAUAAGGAACUCUGUAAAAAUGCUCGUCCGCGUUACGGAAUCCUCCGAAUAGGAUAAUAAAACAUACCUCCGUCGUUAAAUGGAUCUGUAUCGAAAUACGCGAAUAAUUAUCGCUGUCCCGCAACAGCCCAGUGUUCUCAAUACAGGUUUUCUAUGUUUUGUAGAGUACAUAAAUUAUUAUUUAUUCAAGAAGCGACCGUAAAUUAUAAACGCAAGCGGUGUAUUUGCUUUCUUCGAUGACUAAUAAACGAAAUUGCAUUUUCCCCCG